AGCGUUAAUGAAACAUGGUGAAGGCACACGCCAACUCGCGCUGCUGCCUAUGUUCCACAUCUAUGGGUUUCUGAUGUGCAUCAAUGUUGGACUAAGCAAAGGAUGGACCAUGACUGUCCUCAAUGGCUUUGUACCGGACUCCUUCCUGGGCACUAUCCAAGACCACAAGAUACAGAUUAUUCAUCUGGUGCCCCCAAUUUUCAUAUUUUUGGCGAAACAUCCCAAGGUGGAUGAGUACGACCUUUCAUCGUUGGAGAAUCUGUUCUCCGGUGCCGCUCCGCUAAUGAAAGAUGUCACGAUGCAAGUGCAGGGUCGUCUACCAAGCAUGAAACCCGUCAGGCAACUGUACGGCAUGACCGAGUUGAGUCCCGUGGCGUUGGGUGACCUCGAAGACCCGACCAUCGGCAGCUGUGGUGUUUUAAUACCGAACUGUGAGAUGAAGUUCCUGUGCGUGCACACACAGGCUGAGGUGGCCCCUGGAGAAGAGGGCGAGGUGUGUGUGCGAGGCCCCAAUGUCAUGAAAGAGUACUACAAACGCCCCGAAGAGACCGAUGCGUCCUUCACAGACGACGGCUUUUUGCGCACUGGCGAUGUGGGUUAUAUGGACAAGAACGGGCGAGUCUUUAUUGUGGACCGCAUGAAGGAGCUCAUCAAGGUGAAAGGGUUUCAGGUCGCCCCGACUGAACUAGAAGAUCUUCUCCUGAGCCAUGCUAGUGUGGACGACUCGGCUGUGAUAGCACGCCCGGAUGAAUUUGCCGGAGAGCUGCCCAAGGCCUACGUCGUACUGAAGAAGGGCCACAGUAUCACAGAGGAAGAUAUGCGCGAGUGGGUAAAUUCAUCAGUGUCAUCACACAAGAAACUUGUUGAAGUCGAGUUCAUCGCACAAAUACCAAAGAAUCCAUCAGGAAAAAUUCUGCGUCGGGUAUUACGGGAUAUGGAGAAAGAAAAACUCAAUUUGUGAACGUCGGCGACUCGGUGGCACGGUGCCCACAAUGACCCGAAUAAUCUUCACGGCCUCACGUGCCAUACAGUAACAGAAGUAUUCAAGAUUUCCAUGGAACAAAAAUAAAUAUAUAAAACGUUGCA